GUUCGAUGACGCCAGCAAGGGAAGUCAAAGACGCCGACCAAGCCCCCCACCACCACCCUCCUCCUCCUCCAAUGCCGUCCACUGCAGCAGACGCCGAUGCGACGAGCGACGCCACCACGUCGGUCAAGUCGGCAGACGGAGCCAAGUCCCCCGCAGACGAAAAGACGCGCAAGAUCCCUCCGAUCGUAUUUGUGCCCCUGCUUGGCGCGUUCCUCGUCAUCACCAUCGUGCCCUCCGUCUUGAGCAACGUGAUCAACAAGAGCCCAACGCCGACCCCCGCGCCCGCGCCCGCCUCGAAUGGCGGGUCCAGUGGCACCACGGGGUUUGGGGAAGGCAUGGCCACGCCGACGCCCUCUUCCGCCACCCCAACGACGACCAAGGCCCCUACUACUCCCGUCCCUCCUACUGGUCCGCCAACGUUCUCCCUCUCAACCACCCUCGCGGCUACACCAGUGAAUGACAUUGCGUUCCACGGCCCCAGCCAAACGUUCCUCGGGGUCGAUGACUCGAUCGUGUGGACGUGGUCGCUUCUUCCACCCGCAGUCGCCACGCCCUUUUACGGCAUCCGCGGCGGCUCCCGACUCGCUAUCGACGCAGCGGGCAACGUGUACGUUGUAGAGACUGCCGCGUUCAACCAAUAUGUGACACAGUACAGAGCUGCGUCAAACUACACUUUAUCCAUGACCUUGGCGACUCCGACGGCCAACCUCCCCGCGGUGAGCGUCGCUGCGACACCGUCGACACCCGCCAUGGACGUGGUGGCGGCAACAUCGCUUGGGGCACUCCUCGCGUGGAACCAAUCGGCGCCGACGACAUUCGGGGCGGUCGUGAUGGCCGCCGGCUCGUUCGACCAAGCCAGCGACAUGACGUCACGAGGGGGGCUCCUGUACAUUGCCGACGGCACCGCCGACUGCAUCCGGCGUAUCGUCCUCGCCACGGGGGCCGCCGACGUCGUGGCCGGCCAGUGCAACACUCGUGGGUUCGCGGACGGCGCGGCCGCCUCCUCCCUGUGGAAACACCCCACGGGCAUCGCCAUCGACUACUACGGCGACCUGUACGUGAGCGACACGGGCAACCACAUCGUGCGCAAAAUCGACUUGGCGACCAAUGUCGUGACCACCAUCGCCGGCACGCCAUCGAGCGCGGGCCUGCGUAACAGCGCCACGAACGCAUCCACGGGACUGUUCAACGCCCCGCAAGGCCUCGCGAUCAACCCCACGAUGGCAUGGAAGUCGACGAGUGGGAUGUUUGCGCUGUACGUGGCAGAUUCAGGCAACGCAUGCGUUCGAAAGGUCGCGUGGGGGUAAUAUUGGAUAUAGUUGUCAAAGGUAGUAUUAUGGUGUGCUCAGCAUUAACGGGAGCAAAUAUGACGAGUAAGUAGCUGCUGGAACGUGUCCACUGGCUGAUGGACAACAUUGGCCCUCAUAAUAGCGUUAUGGUCAACCGGGCUACUAUGUAGAAUGGGGGGGAUGGAUUGAAAUUCAAAACGACUCGACCGUAGCCGCUGCAGGGGAGAGUCCAAGGUUGAUGAGGGAGUGGUCUCGUGGAUUUGUUGUGGGUAGUUGAACAAAAAGGGCAGUGAGGGGGCGUCAUAACUCGUUUUGGGCCACCUACUACACCGUAUAAUAGUCGUAAAUGGAUGAGAUGGGUGUCCCCGUAAUGAGUGCUUGAAUACGACGCUACCAAGCACAUGUCCGUGCAACUAUGGACUUGGUAGAACAUAGAGAAAGGUCGCCUCAAUGCGUCGUUGCGUGAAUGUGCGCAGCA